AUGAGCUGCAGGCAACGAGUGUGCAGCACGGAGGUUGAUGGAGAGCUGACCCUCCACAUCUCCGGCAGAAUCCUUGCCAAAUGGAACGGUCCAGAGGUAAUGGGAGAUGUCUUCCCAAGCCAGUUGGGAUUAUAUGUUAAGUUGCACGGCUUAGCAGCCAUCAACAACAUGGACGAGACCAUCAUAGUGGCAAGCAUGCUGCAAGACAUGUCUCUGGAGGACCAGUCCAAGCUGGAGCCCAACAACAACCAUGAACAGCCCUAUCUCAACAAGCAGAGGGACUUGCAUGAGCACUACCUGCUCCUUAAGUCCAUCAAGAAUGGAAUAGAGUGGGGCCUGCUUGAGAGGGAGAUAGCCAAUUUCUUGAAGCAGGAGGAACAGCAGACUGUCACUGCAUGGGGACCUGCCUCUGGAGACCUGGAGCGUAAGUUUAACCAUCACCUCAGGAGACUGCUUGGAGUUCUGUCCGAGCUCACACUGCGAGCCGAUCUACCCCAGGGUCUCCUCCAGAUUGGAAAUACACAGAAAACAUUCAAAGGGAGGUGA